GGUUCCCGGUGGGCUUUGGUGAUGGUUUCACUGCUCCAAGAUCAAUCCAAUAUUAAAUUUUCAUCUUCGGACCCUCUGGAGAACGACCAACCCGGCAAUCUCAUGCAGACACAUGAUGAUUCCAGCUCCCCGGUCCAGGAAGAGAAACCCGGCUUCUGUUGCCAGCCGUAUGAUGGAGAAAACAGGACAGAGAGGACAAAUUCAGAAUCUUCCCAGAGCCCCAGCCCAUCUUCCUCGCCUUCUGAUCACGUUUACAGGAGAGACAUCCACACGGAGAAGGAUGUAUUCAAAGUCCCUCCCGCUGCUGAGAAAUUCAGGCGGUACAGCUACGAGGAAAACCCCAUGGGGACCUGCAGCAGGUUCCUCAAAAACAGCGUCCGGAAUCCAUUCCACCCGUACAAAAGGCAGUUCACCGAAGAAGCCUUCCAGGAGACCCAUCAGACCCCGCCAAUGGACAAGCACCCCUUCAAAAUGGCUAUCAUGGAUGGCUUUGAAGAGAUGGCUGGGCCCACUGUUACUGGAGAGGCCGAGGUGUACAUCACACACAUCCCCAACCUGUCCUCAGAGCCACCUUGGUGUAACACUCAACAGUAUAAUAAUCCAGGGCAGGAACACCACUCACAAGUGAUGGAUCCAGAGGUCAAACUGAAGACGUCUCCACUGGAGGGACAGCCAAGCCUGUAUUGCUACCAACCUCAAGUGCCUCAGAUGUAUUGCCCCUCGCACCCUUUCCCCCAGUAUCCCCCCGGAGGCAGUUAUCCCGUGACCUACAUCUCUGCAUCUCACUAUCCCUACCAAAGAAUAGCCCCUCAAAGCAACCAGGAACACCAACAGCCGAUGUUUCCAAAGCCCAUCUACUCAUACAGCAUUCUCAUCUUCAUGGCGCUGAAGAACAGCAAGACCGGAAGCCUCCCUGUCAGCGAAAUCUACAAUUUCAUGACCGAGCACUUCCCUUACUUCAAGACUGCUCCCGACGGCUGGAAGAACUCUGUCCGCCACAACUUGUCCCUGAACAAGUGCUUUGAAAAAGUGGAAAACAAGUCGGGCAGCUCCUCGCGGAAAGGCUGCCUGUGGGCCCUGAAUCCCGCCAAGAUCGAUAAGAUGCAGGAGGAGCUGCAGAAAUGGAAGAGGAAAGACCCGAUGGCUGUGAGGAAAAGCAUGGCCAAGCCAGAAGAACUGGACACCCUGAUUGGAGGCAAGAACGAAAAGCUGAGACCUUCCCUGCCAGGUUGCAGCCCAACCCCCCCAGUUCCUGGGCAUAUGCCCCUCCAGCAUCCCUCUCUGUGCGAGCCACCCAUCUCUGCAGCACAACCUGUGCAUGCCGUUCCCAGACAAGGACCAGUUCCGGCCAAGAGCCCUCUGCCAAACGUUCUCCGUGGUCAACAGACUUCCUGCUACCGGGCGGCGCCGGGCUUUGCUCCGCUCUCUCCUACCUUCGUCCAGCAGUUACCUGACAGCCCCCAAGCACUCCUCCCACCUGCAGAUACACAGGGGGAGCACAGGGCGCUGUCCGGCACAGCCCACGAACCCCCCUUGCCUGCUCCACCCCCUCCGGGACGCGCCAUGAAAGAGCACGCAACCGCUCGGAUGGUGCACGACCUCUUCGUGCCAGAAGGAGAUCUCAGCAACAAUGACGUGGAUGCCCUCAAUCCUUCCUUCACUGACUUCGACUUCCAAGGGAACCUUUGGGAGGAACUGAAAGAUGACAGCUUGGCGACGGACCCUCUUGUCCUCGUUUCAUCACCCCUGGCGUCAACACCGUGCUUUGCUUCUCAGGGCCUGAUGGACAACAGCAACAGUUUCAACAGCCAUAGCGUACCCGAUGUGCAACUGACCACUCUUUACUCUGCUUUCAUGGAGUUGGACACAGGAUCGCCGUCCUCCUACCUGAAUAACCCCGGAUCCAAAGCCGUCGCUCUGGUCUGAGAUGCAAGAUUGUUCCUUCUCUGCUAAGAUGGAUUCACUUCCAGCGCAAAGUCAGCGACUGGCCCAGAAAUCCGUGAAGAACCAUCCGAACAAAAGGAACGUCUUCCAG